ACAAGACGCCAUAUUGCUCUCAGCUGGACUCGGGAGGUUGCGUAAAGGAAAUAAUAAUACCUAGCUACACCUAGGCGUUUCUGACAUUAUUCAUCUUAAAUGGACGAGAUGGCAAGCCCAGGGAAUGACCGAAUGAAGAGUUACAAGAACAAAGCGCUGAACCCACAGGAGAUGCGCCGGAGGAGAGAGGAGGAGGGGAUCCAACUCCGCAAACAGAAGAGAGAAGAGCAGCUGUUCAAGAGGAGGAAUGUGUGUGUGCCCUCGGGCGAUGAGUCCAUGUUGGAAUGCCCUAUCCAGGACCCUGACAUCAGCUCCACUGCACCAGUCUCAGGUGAAGGUGUCAUAACUCCAGACAUGAUCCAGAUGAUCUUCUCUGAGGAUCCAGACCAGCAGCUGAUCGCCACACAGAAAUUCAGGAAAUUACUCUCCAAAGAGCCCAACCCUCCCAUCGAUGAGGUCAUCCUCACCCCAGGGGUCGUCAAUAAGUUUGUGGAGUUCCUCAAGAGGAGUGAGAACUGCACUCUUCAGUUUGAGGCAGCCUGGGCCCUGACCAACAUUGCCUCAGGGACCUUCCUGCACACCAAGGUGGUUAUCGAGACAGGAGCAGUGCCCAUCUUCAUCGAGCUGCUCAACUCGGACUACGAGGAUGUCCAGGAGCAGGCCGUGUGGGCCCUGGGGAACAUCGCCGGGGAUAACGCAGAGUGCAGAGACUACGUUCUCAACUGUGGCAUCCUGCCCUCCCUACAACAGCUGCUGGCUAAAUCCAACCGUCUCACCACAACUAGGAAUGCUGUAUGGGCUCUGUCUAACCUGUGUAGAGGGAAGAACCCCCCUCCAGACUUCGCCAAGGUGUCUCCCUGUCUGAGUGUGCUGUCCAGGCUGCUGUUCAGUAGUGACCCAGACGUGUUGGCUGAUGCCUGCUGGGCCCUCUCCUACCUGUCUGACGGACCCAAUGACAAGAUACAGACUGUCAUCGACUCUGGGGUCUGCCGCAGACUGGUGGAGCUACUCAUGCACAGUGACUAUAAGGUGGUCUCUCCUGCACUACGUGCUGUGGGCAACAUAGUGACAGGAGAUGACAUUCAGACUCAGGUGAUUCUGAACUGCUCGGCGCUGCCCUGCCUAUUACACCUGCUCAGCAGUCCCAAGGAGUCCAUCAAGAAGGAGGCCUGCUGGACUGUGUCUAACAUUACAGCUGGAAACCGAGCACAGAUCCAGACGGUGAUAGAUGCCAACAUCUUCCCAGUCCUGAUAGAGAUUCUUCAGAAGGCAGAGUUCCGCACCAGGAAGGAAGCAGCGUGGGCUAUAACCAACGCUACCUCUGGGGGCACUCCUGAGCAGAUCAGGUACCUGGUUAGUCUGAACACCAUCAAGCCCAUGUGUGACCUGCUGACAGUGAUGGACAGUAAGAUAGUGCAGGUGUCUCUGAACGGCCUGGAGAACAUCCUGAGACUGGGAGAGCAGGAGGCCAAGCAGAACGGCACCGGCAUCAACCCUUACUGUGCCCUUAUAGAGGAAGCCUAUGGUCUGGACAAGAUAGAGUUCCUGCAGAGCCAUGAGAACCAGGAGAUCUACCAGAAGGCUUUUGACCUGAUCGAGCACUACUUUGGUGUGGAGGAGGAGGACGCUAGCAUCGCCCCUCAGGUGGACCAGAACCAGGGCCAGUUCAUCUUCCAGCAGCAGGACGGGCCCAUGGAGGGCUUCCAGCUCUAACCACACCCUGACCUUUGACCUUCGCCCCUCUGAGUAUCUACUAC